AUGAAAGUUCCAAAAUGGUACAAAAUGGAUUAUUUAGUAAGUUUAAAUUGUGAAAUAUUUUUUUAAGAUAGGAAAGCCAAUUUUAAUAUACAAUAGAACUUCUGUAUAACGAAUAGCUCAGGAAUUCUGAACUUGUUUGGUAUAAUUAUAUUUUGUCAUACUGUUAUAUACACCGGUUAAUGAUCUAAAAAAAUAUUAGUGUCUUUUAGAUUUGGAACCAUGUAAUCGGUAACGUUGACGAUUUGGACACAUUGUACAACCUCAAGUUGGCCCUCCACAAGUCGCAAACCUAUGCUACGCUAACAAACCUGCUAAAAUCUUUGGAGCUUAAAAAAUGUUGUUACCGAAAUCAACUUAAAGUUAAUGAAGGCAACCUAUCCAAAACGAAUUACAAAGAACAGGAAAAGUACCCUGCCUGCCCCGCUCAAAAUCAGCGCGAAAUUUUGUAAAUGAAUUCCUUGUAUCACCAAUAGUACAUACAUAUGACGAAAAAUAGCCGAAGACCUUAAAUUUACUUGAUCUUUCUGUAUAAAAAGUUGGCAGUCAAUCAGAGUGGGGUAGGUUGGGUACUUUCCUUGUAAAUGUUUUAUUCAUUUUUAUUCUGUAUAUAUAGAUAGUUUUACUUCUUCUGUCAAGAAUAACUAUUUAACGUAUUUUAGCAUACAUUUAUAUGACUUCCAAUUCCUUGUUAGCUUCCGGAUACCAUGUAAAAACAAUCUUCGGUACUACAUGUUCCACGAUUCAAUUGUAGCUCAGUUUAAAAUUCAACGAGACAACCGACCUGUUACAUUUUUUUCCCUUUUCGAUAUGAACAACACCCAAGACUCUUCGUACACCCUUUUGUAUGCCAACGAUCGUCUUCACUUUCUGAUAUAUCAACCGGAAACAGACACUCUCGUUAACUAUCAAAUGACAGAGCAACGUAUGGAACUGGGUUUGAUUCGUGUCUUCAGCGAGACUUGGAUACACAGCAACGGCGCACUUUUUGACACAGAUUCACGUCGAUUAUACGACUGUGUUACUGACCUAGUGCACAAUUUCGAUCCUCAAGGUGAAGCCGUUCGCUUUGAAUGCCACUACGACAAGAACGCCAAUCGAACACUGGCUUUUGAAGUGGAAUGCGAAGAAGAACGUUACGUUAAAAUAAUGAAUGGAUCUGGUGCAAUUUUGUAUAGUAUACCUUUAACUAUGUAUACAAUGAUCAAAGAGUGUAACAGGUUAUAUGAAAAGAGUAAAUGUUAUCUGAGCAAAACAAACUCGUUGAUUCUGUGCAAUAGUAAGUGCAAACACCAUUCUAUUUACGUAAUAAGCAAUUUUUAAACAAAGCGUAUAAAGUUUAUAAAUUUAUGUUUCAACACCUUAUUAUGAUAUUUCAGAUAAAAAAAAGGAUGAUAAACCUUUUUAA